AUGGACCCCAUUUGCCAAGACGUGCCCCUCUGCCUCUCUAACUUCAUGGACACAUUUGUCGACUUCACAGUAAGUGGACUCUUUCUCUCUCCUGAGAAAACACAACAACAACAAAACUCCACAUACCCAUCUCUACCUCGCUUGCUAGCAGGGGACCUCCAUGGCUAUCUCGAAAAGGCCAAACAAGCUUUGAAAAUGGCUAAAAUCUUCGAUGAAAAUGAUCACUCGAUUGCAAGUGGCUCCAUGAUUAUGAAGCUCGGUGAUAUCCUUGACAAAGGAGGAGAAGAGCUCAAGCUCCUUUAUUUCUUAGAAAAACUCAAGCAAGAUGCAGAGAAAUCAAAUAGGAAGCUCUUGAUUUUACAAGGAAACCAUGAAAGCCUGAAUAUACAAGGGGAUUUUAAGUAUGUUAUAAAAGUUGGCCCUGAGGAAUUCAACUAUUGGGGUGACUAG